AUGGAAGAGGAUUGUAACAUCAUAGAUAUCGAAGAAGAAGAUGGUGAUUCAAGGGCAAAAGAUUACCUGUCAUUUUUAGCUUCAGUUUUACUUCCAAUUUUUGUGAUCUUGAUGUUUUUGAUGUAUCAAAAAAACUGUAAAUGUCCUUUACACAACAUGAACAGAAUGUUGCAAGAGUUUUGUCAAUUCUACUUCACUCUAAUAAGAUUACUCGCUUGUGAUAUAAUCGAUUCUCUUUGUUACAUUUGUCGAAUUAUUUUCCAUGUACUCUCUAAACCCUUCGCAUUUAUUGCCGACCAGAUUGGUCUCUCUAAAUCAAGUCAUGUGAAAGUAUUAAUCGAUUCCAUAUCUAAAAGUUCGGACGCUGAUUCUAUUGGUAAACUGGACGAUGGGAUCAGCUGCAAGACGACUGGAGACAGCAUGUUACCACAAUAUGAUGAAAACGAAAUGCGUUCGCGUGUUCAUAGACGUAAAUGUCACUGA